GUACCUCCUCCGCCGCGCUCCUCGUCGCCACAUCGCUUGCUUCCCCGUCACUCCAACUACUCCCGUUCCCACUCGUCGCCGGCGAGCGAUGAUCUCCGCGUCCCGGCCGCAAACCCCACUCCCAUCCCCAUGACUCCCGCGAACCCCACCCCGCUCCUCUCCUCCCGCCCCAACCCUUCCCUCCCCAUCCCCCGCCGCUCCCGGCGCCCCCGCACGCCGCCUCCGCCGGCGCCGGCGGCCAACACCACCGGCGCGGCCUCUUCGCCCGACUGGUUCCGGCCCAGGGCGCCGCCCGACGCGGACCCUUCGACGUCCGGCGGCCGCGUCGCCGCCCGGGAUCCCGGCGUGCGCGUCAGGGCCAAGGAGGACGCGGGGGAGAGUAAGAAGAAGGGGAAGGGGAGGAGAUGGUGGGACUGGUGGUCGGGGGACAGGGAGAGCUACCUCGUCGAUGACGUGGAGCCGCUUCCGCUGCCGCUGACCGUUCCGGAUACCGAGCCGAUGUCGCGUGAGGAGCUCGACCGCCGCCUCAGCUGCGACGUGGAGAUCGAGGAUUGCAAGACUGUCUCGUACGAGUGGACGGGCAAGUGCCGGAGCUGCCAAGGGACUGGGCUGGUGAGCUAUUUCAGGAAGAAGGGGAGGGAGACCAUCUGCAAAUGCGUGCCGUGCGCUGGCAUUGGUUAUGUUCGGAAAAUGACAUUCCGCGAGGACGUUGAAAACAUGGGUGAAUUAGACAACGGAAAACCACCAUAGUUUGAUGGCCCUGUUCGCUCUGCAGCUGUAAUUUAUUAACUGCUGCUGGAUAGAUUGCGUUCACAUCUUGGACGAUUUAACCAGUGAUUCUUUCUGUUACAUGAUGGGGUGCCAUUUUUUAAAUGUUGUAAACCAUUAUCUGCUAAUAAUUGGUGCCCUUUGUUCUUAUCAUUAUAGUUGAUAAAGAAAAGGAAAGAAAUUAUUUCAAGUCA